CUUUCGUCGCAUAUGUUUGUCCCUCUCAGCUUCCCGUUGACUCGGAAACGCUAGCUCUCCUCUCCUGACACGUAGCAACCAGAGCCGAGUUGGCAGGAGCCAGUUCACGACUGUCAGACGCCAGAGAGUGCGAGAUGUCGGGGUUUGACAACUUCAACACAGACUUCUAUCAGUCCAGCUACAGUGUAGAUGACCAGAACCAAGCGGCAUAUGGGUACGGCAACAACGACAACCCUUAUAACAAGCAAUACGGCCAGUAUGACUACUCCCAGCCGAUGAGCUACGCUUCCCCAGGAAUGAUGCAGCCGCAGCAGCCCUACACGGGACAGAUCUUCCAGCCCACACAGACCUACACCCCGUCCGCCUCACAGUCUAUGUAUAGCAGUAGUUUUGAUGACGAGCCGCCGCUGCUGGAAGAAUUGGGGAUCAACUUCGACCACAUCUGGCAGAAGACUCUGACGGUGCUGCAUCCCCUGAAGGUGGCAGACGGCAGCAUCAUGAACGAGACAGACCUGGCCGGCCCCAUGGUUUUCUGCUUAGCCUUCGGCGCCACACUCCUCUUGUCAGGGAAGAUUCAGUUUGGCUACGUCUACGGCAUCAGCGCCAUCGGCUGCCUCGGCAUGUACUGUCUGCUCAACCUCAUGAGCAUGACGGGCGUUUCUUUCGGGUGUGUGGCCAGCGUGUUGGGGUACUGUCUCCUUCCCAUGAUUCUUCUGUCCAGCUUUGGCGUCCUCUUCUCUUUACAGGGCAUGAUGGGAAUUAUACUAACGGCGGCAAUCAUCGGCUGGUGCAGUUUGUCGGCGUCAAAGAUUUUCAUCUCGGCUCUGGCCAUGGACGGACAGCAGCUGCUGGUGGCGUAUCCCUGCGCUCUGCUAUACGGGGUCUUUGCCCUCAUCUCUGUCUUUUGAGUGGAACAUUUGCAGCACACAAACCCACCGGAACACACGCCCCCCUCCCUCAUCCUGAUUUUUCAAUCUGUCUUCGGAUUCAUCAUCGCUGUUAGUAACCAACCGCAAGAAUCUGCUCAGGUUCGGUCCCAUCUGAAAGGAAAGAAGGAGUGGAAAAACACGGCGCCAUUCCUCAGCAAUACCCGUCACAACUCUUUACAGAAAACAACAGGAAGCUCAGAGGACGGAAGUGGCGGGGUUUUCUUUGGAAUGAGAAACGGCGAGUCAUUUUUGUAAAAAUCAACAUCAACUCCGUCUGCUCUAUUUUAUUAUAUCUGAUGCCUUUAAUAAAGACAACCUUCAGCUCAUGUUCUAGCAGGUGUCUCUGGAUUUACAUCUUGUUUAUUUUUGUGAUCCACGCCGUGGUUUGAGUGUUUACUUGCACAUUAAAGUGGUCAUCAAG